ACGAACAGAGGACGCGCGUAAAAGCGACCGAGCUGCUCCAUUUCAGCAGAGAGCGACAGCGUUUCAACUCCCCCAGCGCGUCACGUCACAAACUUUGGACUUUGCGUCGUUUUCUAGAUGCCAGUCUUUGUUUCGGAGCUCAGGUCCAGCGGGAGUUUUAUCCUCUCCGGCGAAGCGGAGGUGUGUUUCCUAUGAUGCUCGGAUAUCACGGCAGUGUCUCCUCCACGCUUUGGAUACAGAAUGUGAGGAUUUGUGUCGGAAUAAACCAGGACGCUGCGUAAAGGAAGCCCUGAUCUCCCCGGAGUGACCAGCGAAGCUCGUUUCAGUCCCCUCGAUGUGCGGAAUGGGGCCGGCAGCUGCUCUGCUUCUCGUUGCUUUUUUGGGCUGGGCUGAAGGUUCCUCUCUUCACUACGCAGACGGUCGGUCCAGCCGUCUCUCCAUGGAGAAAACCUUCGGCCGGCUGGUCAAAGACUCGCAGUGCCAACACAUGUUGAAGCACCUUCACAAUGGAGCCCGAAUCACCGUGCAGAUGCCUCCAAACGUAGAGGGUCACUGGGUGUCCACCAGCUGUGAGGUGAGACCAGGCCCGGAGUUCCUGACGCGCUCCUACAGUUUCUUCUCCAACAACACCUUCCAGGCUAACCAGUUCUACUACGAGGACAACCACUGCACCAAACCCACCUACACUCUGGUGAUCCGGGGUCGCCUGCGCCUACGUCAGGCCUCCUGGAUCAUCCGCGGCGGCACUGAGGCGGAGUACCACCUCCACCGCGUCCAGAUGGUUUGUCACACAGCCACCGUGGCCAAAGAGCUCAGCCAGAGGUUCAACCGCAGCUGCAGAGGGGCCGUGAAGGGCCCCUGGGAGCCUAAUGUGAUCUACGAGUUGUGGAGCGAGGAGGGCGGCUUCGACUGCUCCAGGGAGCUUAACUUUGCCAUGCAUGAGCUGCAGCUGCUGAGGGUAGAGAAGCAGUACCUGCAUCACAAUCUGGAUCACCUGGUUGAGGAGCUGUUUCUAGGAGACAUCCACACCGAGCCGUCCCAGAGGCUGUACUACAAGCCAUCCAGCUACCAGAUGGCCCUGCAAAACGCCAAGAAUCAUGACCACGGCUGCAUCGCCUGUCGCAUCAUCUACCGCUCGGAUGAGUUCCACCCUCCCAUCCUGCCGCCGCGGGCCGACCUGACCGUCGGGCUGUACGGUCAGUGGGUGAGCCAGCGCUGCGAAGUUCGCCCUGAGGUCCUCUUCCUCACCCGCCACUUCAUCUUCCAUGACAACAACCACACCUGGGAGGGCCACUACUACCACUACUCUGACCCCGUCUGCAAACACCCCACCUUCACCAUCUACGCCCGCGGACGCUACAGCCGAGGCCUGCACUCCACCCGCGUCAUGGGCGGGACGGAGUUUGUCUUCAAAGUGAACCACAUGAGAGUGACUCCCAUGGACUUAGCCACCACCUCCCUCCUCAACGUCUUCAACGGUAACGAGUGCGGAGUGCAGGGGUCCUGGCAGGUCGGGGUGGAGCAGGACGUCACCGUGACCAACGGCUGCGUGGCGCUGGGCAUCCGGCUGCCUCACACAGAGUACGAGCUCUUCCGCAUGGAGCAGGACGCCCACGGCCGCUACCUGCUCUACAACGGCCAGCGUCCCAGCGACGGCUCCAGCCCGGACCGGCCGGAGAAGCGGGCCACCUCCUACCAGAUGCCCCUGGUGCAGUGCUCAGCAAGCAGCCAGCCGUCAGACCGCGGCCGAGUCGACCCGCCUCUGCUGGACCGCAAUGACUGCACGGGGCGGCACAGAGGAGGCCAGAAACACGUCGCUGUGGCUCUCGCCGCGUUCGUCACGUGUCUGCUCCUCUGCUGGCAAAGCUAGAAAGCAGUCUGGCCUUUUUCUACAUAAAGACACAACAAGACAGUGUGGAUUACAAGAGCAGACAGGGAGGCCGCUUUUCAGCAGCAACGCUAAACUUUUCACUCCUCUGAUGUGAAAGAGGAUGAAAACUGGUGCCCUGGUCCUCUGAACCUUUUCCCAGCUACCAAAGACUCGACACUGCUGCACCACAGAAACUGCACUUUAAGAGUGGAACCAAAGACCAACCAGUCUGUGUUUCCACAAAUAUACAAAGAUGUCUAUAUAUACACACAGACCCGAGAGUAUGUUUUAUACAGUGUAUUUACCUACAACUAUCAGGUCAUUUCUUGGUACUGCAAAGAGACCCGAUUUGAUGUGUGGAAGCGUUUUCUAUAAAUGAACUCUUGACAAGAAGCUCCCCUCUGGAGGAGAUGUGCUGGUGGGUAGUCACUGUUUACAGUAAAAGGGAACUACACUACUUAUAUUAAAGCAUUUUCUUGAAAUAUUGCCUUACUGUACAGUCAACUCAGCAGCAGUUAUUUCUUCUUCUCCACAUUAAGAUCAUGUUAUUUUGGAUACAAUAAAACUCAUCUGCUGGAAGUUAUCUUCCAUUAAAAAGAGACGUUUUUAUUCCCUCUCUGAUCAGAUUAGCUGCAUCUUCACUGGCCGACUCUUGACCUUGUUUCCAUUGGGGCUCUUUUGAAAUUAUGUCAUGCUCAGAUUGGGAAAAUGCAUAUAAAUGAGCAACCUCAUCAAUUGAAGACAUUGUAAAAACUUGUAUUAAGACUGGGCAAUGACUGGUUUGUAAUAAUAAUGUAUGAGGGGGGGGGGAAAAGCAAAAUAAUCACAUUAAUUCACUGUUUAUGCUGCUCUACAUGCACAAAAUGCUUCUCACAAGUGUAAAAUGUAUAAAGUUUUAAUAAAUUUUCUUGGAAUCACUGAAUAAGCAGCAGAAUUUAGCCAAACUGUCACAUAAUAUCAUCACAGUAUGAUUCCAGUACAUACAGUGGUACAUAAAGUUUUGGCAUCCCUGGUCAAACUUCUGUUAAUGUUAGGUAAGUUUAUAAAGUUAAAGAUGAAACUUUCUCUUCACCAUGUUUGUUUUGUCCAGUAUUAGAGUGAAAAGGAGCAUCAUGCAAAAGCCAUAACUUUUAUCAAAGUCUCAACUUUAAUCAGCUUGUUAGAGCUGCGGCUUGUUCACAGUCAUUCAGUAAAGCCAAGUAUGCAAAUUUCAAAGCUUUAUAAAUACUGUGACUCCUCAAACCUUGUCCCAACAAUUAGCAGCCAUGAGCUCCUCUAAUCAGCUGCCAAGUACUCUAAAAAUUUAAAUAAUUGAUGCCUGCAAAGCAGGAGGGAGCUGUAAGAAGACAGCAAAGCCUUUUCAUGUGGCUGUUUGUGAUGUAAUUAAGAAAUGGCAGAAACAGUGGAGGUCAGAUUAAGGUCUGGAAGGACAAGAAAUCUCUCACAGUUUUGUAAGAUUGCUAGAGAGACAAUCUCUCUAUUUGACUGCAAAAGAGCUUCAUGAAGAUUGAACAGACUCUGAGGUGUAAUGUGACCUUCAUGGAGAAAACUUCCUGUGUCCUCACCCCAAUAUUCAGCAUCAGAAGUUUGCAAAGGAACAUCUAAACAAGCCUGAAACGAGUCCUGUGGACUGAUGAAGUUAAGAGAAUUUUUGGCCACAGUGAGCAUUGUUAUGUUUGGAGGAAAAAGGGUGCAGAAUUUCAUGAGGACCACCUCUCCAACUGUUUGGGCUCAUUUUUCAGCCAGUGGCUGUAAAAAAGAAAAAAAAAAGUUGAAGAUUAAAAGAGGAUAAUGAUCCUAAACACGCCUCAGAAUCCACAAUGGAGUACCUCAACAGGCUGAAGGUUUUGCCAUGGCCUCACAGUCCCCCGACCUAAAUAUCAUCAAAAAAUCUGUGAAUAGACCCAAAACAGCAGUGCAUGCAAGACAGCCCAAGAAUCUCACAGAACUAGAAGCCUUAUGCAAAGAAGAAUGGGCGAAAACUCUUAGCUGAAUAUAGAAAGUUACAAGUUAUAGUAGUUGCUACAGGAAGUGUUGCUAAAUACUGAGCAUGCAGGGCGCACAAACUUUAAAAACUGUAGAAGGCAGAAAUAAAAAAAAAAAAAAUGUAAUCUCACUUGAAAUAUUAAAGAAACGUUUCAUCUUUAACUUCAUGCUGUUUGGAAAACAGCUCAUCUUGUACUCACAGUAACAACACACCAGGGGUGCUCAAACCUUUGCGUGCCACUGCACCGAGAAAUCAGAGUACUGAAUUAUUGCCCAGUCUUAUGUGCAAUUGAUCGCUUAAAAAAAAAAAAAAGCUUUUGUUUUAUUAAAAUGCUUUGCGUUUAAGAUUUAUCAAACUGUUGGUGCUUUGUAAGCAUUCACUGCUUCAGUUUUCUCAGUUAAUGGACUACAUGCAAGGGACCCACAUACAUACAUACAUACAAACAAACAUUUGGGGGCUAGUUGCAUCUUAGCUCUUUUUUUGUUAGCAUUGUUAGCACCAUUUGGAGUAAUAUUAUUUAACAUAAAACAAUGUCUCUGCAACACAAGUUGGUGCUUUAAAAUAACAUUUGGAAACAAACUGUGCAGCUCCUUGAAGUCUUUCAGUGAGGAACCAGUGAAAUAACAAAGAUUCAAGGUUGUUUCUAAACGUUGGAGUAGAAUAAGUUCAAAGUACCUUCUGUGGGAUUGAGGUCAUCAGAUGUGGCAAAGCAUCAGCACCCUUCAGCUCUCCUCUCGUUUAGUCUCACUGAAGGUCUCUGCAGCAUCAUCACUGGUCUACAGAGGUCGUCACUGGACUCUGGGUCGCGGAUCGGUACCUGUUUGGGAAUUUACCAGCAAGCUUCUGUCAUACCAGAACUUUCAGACUGUGUUGAACAGAGAAAGGACAUCACAGCAUACUCAACAUUUCUGCAAUGGAAAACUAAAUGACUAAUUUCAUUACAGGCGGUUUAGUACCAUUGGUGGUGCAGAAUCUUGUUCCCAGACUAAAGAAGCUGUAUUAGGCUCCAAGAAAUGCCUUUGUAACUGGAUACAUGUAUAGGAUUAAAGGAUUGAUACUCGUCAGUGCUGAUCUAUAUGUACUUUUUUUUUCUUUGUACGGAUGCAGUUACAUGAUCACUCUG